AUGUCGAAGAGACAACAACCUUCGAGAGGCAGUGCGCAAGAACUUGCAAAAUCUGUCCAAAACUCACCAAAUAAAGCUAAAAAGAGCGAUAAUGUGACACCUAAGGCGAUGAAGGAAACAAAAGUAGAAAGUAUAGACGAAGUGUGCAAGAUUGACGAGCUUUACAAAAUGAUGCAGACUGUGCUAGUGAAAUUAGAGACGCUCGAUUUGAUUAAUGAGGGUAUAUUAUCUGUUGAGCAAAAUGUAAAAAGCCUAACAGAAUCAAUCGAGUUUGCGCAUGGGGGAAUUAGUGAUUUGAAGGAGGAAAUGGUGAAAAGAAAGGAGACGGAGCGAGAAAACUACUCACGGAUCAAGGAACUGGAAGAUUCGAAUCGGCGGUUACAAGACAGUGUGGUCGACCUCAAAGCGAGAUCAAUGCGGGACAACCUGUUGUUCCACAAUAUUGAUGAAGCAGAAGAGGAAGAUUGCAUUGAAGUGAUCUAUAGCUUGUUGGAGGAAAAACUUGAUAUGCCAGAAGCAAGAAGCAGCAUCAAGAUCGAUCGAGCGCACAGAGUUUGGUAG